AUGCGUAACAUACUAACUCCAAGUCUAAGCCUAAUCUUGGCUCUGCUGCUGCGCAGCUGCAGCGCCACCGACUAUUGCGCCAAGAAAUGUUUCAAUGGUCACGGCUAUGAUGAGCACAUUGGCUGCAACAACAAAGGCGCCUGGGCUAGCUACUGUCCAAGUGACAAGCAGCUGCUGCCGCUGACGUCGGUGCAGAAGGCUGCGAUUGUCGACAGGCACAAUCAGCAUCGCAACUUUAUUGCUGGUGGUGGUGCCAGCCAUUUGAGCGGUGCCUGCCGCAUGGCCACCAUGCGCUGGAACGAUGAGCUGGCCUAUCUGGCCUCCCUAAAUGUGCGCAGCUGCCAAAUGAAGCACGACAAGUGCCGCAAGACCGACGACUUUGAGCUCGCUGGCCAGAGCCUGUACACGAUGUGUCGUAGUGGAUCCUUCAAUGACACACUGGAGCUUAUUACGGCUGUUGACGCUUGCUAUGGCGAGGUCAAGCACGUCAAGCAGUCGCACAUCGAUGCCUUUAAAGAAAUUGCUGGUCCUCCAUUCAUUGCUCGCUUCGCCGCUUUGGUUGCCGAUCGCAACAUCGCUGUUGGCUGUGCCGUCUCCACCUUCUCAUGGGGCAAUAUGUUCAAGACCUUCCUUAUGGCCUGCAAUUAUGCCACCAGCAUCUUGCCUGAGCACAAAGUGUACAACUCCUGCGCCAAGCCCGCCAGCAAGUGCAGCACGGGCGUCAAUCCCAGCUACAAGUUUCUCUGCAACUCCAACGAAGAAAUCAAUCCCAACAAUGUGAACUAA